CUCAGCCUCCCAGCCCUGGCAGCCUGGCGCCCAGCUUUUCCCAGCUGCUCACUAGCGGGGCGCCGGGCCCGCACCCUCCACAGCCAGACGCGCUCCAUGCGGCCACCCGCCAUGUCCGGGCACUUUCUGCUCGCACCCAUCCCAGAGUCGUCCUCCGACUACCUUCUGCCCAAGGACAUCAAGCUGGCGGUGCUGGGUGCCGGCCGCGUGGGCAAGAGCGCAAUGAUCGUGCGCUUCUUAACCAAGAGAUUCAUCGGUGAUUACGAACCCAAUACAGGCAAGUUGUAUUCGAGGAUUGUGUAUGUGGAGGGAGACCAACUAUCCCUGCAGAUCCAGGACACCCCUGGGGGCAUCCAGGUCCAAGACAGCAUCACACAAGCUAUUGACUCCCUGUCCAAAUGCGUGCAGUGGGCAGAGGGCUUUCUGCUGGUCUACUCCAUCACAGACUAUGACAGCUACCAGUCCAUCCGCCCCCUUUACCAGCACAUUCGGAAGGUUCACCCUGACUCCAAGGCCCCCAUCAUCAUUGUGGGCAACAAGGGGGAUCUUCUGCAUGCCCGGCAAGUGCAGACUCAUGAUGGCAUUCAACUUGCCAGUGAACUGGGCAGCCUGUUCCUAGAGAUCUCCACCAGUGAGAACUAUGAAGACGUCUGUGAUGUGUUUCAGCAUCUCUGCAAAGAAGUGAGCAAGCUGCACAGCCUCAGUGGGGAAAGGAGAAGAGCCUCCAUCAUCCCCCGGCCACGAUCUCCCAAUAUGCAGGAUCUCAAGAGACGCUUCAAGCAGGCUCUGUCUUCCAAAGCCAAAAGCCCCUCCCCUCUGGGCUGACCCAUCUCAAACAGACUUGCCUCUUACUAGGUAUCCAUGCAGCUCCAAAGACUGGGGGCCUCUCCUUUUAACCGCACACUCAGAGUUUAUUUUUAUACAAACCAUGAGUUUUUCAAGUUAUGUGUAUGUCUAAAAAUUCAGAUACUGAUGGUCUAGAAGUCUGAUUUUUUUUUUUUUAAACAAAAUUCUUUUUUUUUUUUCUUUUACUGUAACUGCUAGCCACUUUUCCAUUAAAGGCAAAAUGGCAACAUUG